CGGCGGCGUGCGCGCGCCCCGCUUCCCGCGCGGCCGCGGCGCGAGCGCGGCUCCCUGCCCGGCGGCGCCCAUGGCCGGCGUCAUCCGGCGGCUGGAUGAAGCCGUGGUGAACCGCAUCGCCGCCGGCGAGGUCAUCCAGAGGCCGGCCAACGCCAUCAAGGAGAUGAUCGAGAACUGUUUGGAUGCUAAAUCUACGAGUAUCCAGGUAGUAGUUAAAGAAGGUGGUCUGAAGUUCAUCCAGGUUCAAGAUAACGGCUGUGGUAUCAGAAAAGAAGAUCUCGACAUUGUAUGUGAGAGAUUUACUACGAGUAAACUGCAAAAAUUUGAAGACUUGGCUAGUAUUGCUACAUAUGGUUUUAGGGGUGAGGCCUUGGCUAGCAUCAGUCAUGUUGCCCAUGUUACAGUAACAACUAAAACAGCUGAUGCAAAGUGUGCAUUCAGAGCUACUUACAGUGAUGGAAAAAUCAAAGCCCCUCCGAAGCCCUGUGCUGGAAACCAAGGAACUCAGAUCACGGUUGAAGAUCUUUUUUAUAAUGUAAAUACAAGAAGGAAGGCUUUAAAGAAUCCAAAUGAAGAAUAUGCAAAAAUACUAGAAGUUGUUAGCAGGUAUGCCAUCCAUAACUCGGGCAUCAGCUUUUCAGUUAAAAAGCAAGGUGACACUGUGUCAGAUGUUAGAACCUUAUCCAGUGCCUCAACAGUGGACAACAUCAGGGCCAUCUUUGGAAAUGCUGUUAGCAGGGAACUCAUAGAAGUGGGCUGUGAAGAUGCAAAUCUGGCCUUUAAAAUGAAAGGUUACAUCACGAAUGCAAACUACUCUGUGAAGAAAUGUAUAUUUUUACUCUUCAUAAACCAUCGGUUGGUAGAGUCAGCCGCUAUGCGCAAAGCCAUAGAAACUGUGUAUGCUGCUUAUUUGCCAAAAAGCACACACCCAUUCCUAUACUUAAGCCUGGAAAUAGCCCCGCAGAAUGUAGAUGUGAACGUGCAUCCUACAAAACAUGAGGUCCAUUUUCUUCAUGAAGACAGUAUUCUGGAGCGUGUGCAACAACAUGUAGAAAGCAAGUUAUUGGGCUCUAAUUCCUCGAGGAUGUACUUCACUCAGACAUUGCUUCCAGGGGCUGACUGCUCUUCCAAUGAGGUUGUAAAAUCAGCAGCAAACUCUUCAGUGGUUACCAAGGGAAGCAGUGAUAAAGUUUAUGCGCAUCAGAUGGUCCGCACUGAUUCCCGAGAGCAGAAAUUGGAUGCUUUUCUUCAGCCAGUGAACAACCCCCUGAGUGCAGGCACCACUGAAGGGACAACAGAGGUUAAUGCAGGACCUCCAGAGGGUGCAGACAGGCCCCAGGAUGCUGAAAUGGAAGAAGUCAGUGACCUGGUUGAAAUGGUUGAUGUUCAGGAGGGUACAGUGAAGCCUGGGGGGCCGAGUGAAAGUGGACAGUUGUCUCCUGAGACUGUGCCUUCUCGGAAGAGACCACGGGAAGACAUGGACGUAGAAUUGGAAAAAGAUGAUACCAGAAAGGACAUGACUGCUGCCUGCACCCCUAGAAGAAGAAUUAUCAACUUGACCAGCGUGUUGACUCUCCAGGAGGAAAUUAGUAACCAGGCACAUGCAAAACUUCAGGAGAUGCUACAUGAGCACUCAUUUGUUGGUUGUGUCAGUCCUCAGUGGGCUCUGGCCCAGUACCAGACAAAACUGUACCUUCUCAAUACAACAAAACUCAGCCAAGAACUCUUCUACCAGAUACUUAUUUAUGACUUUGCAAACUUUGGAGUCUUAAGGUUGUCUGAGCCAGCUCCUUUAUAUGAGCUUUCGAUGCUUGCUUUAGAGGAUCCCGAAAGUGGCUGGACAGAAGAAGAUGGCCCAAAAGAAGGGCUUGCUGAGUACAUUGUGGAGUUUUUGAAAAAGAAGACUGAAAUGCUGAAAGAUUAUUUCUCUCUUGAAAUUGAUGAGGAAGGAAAUCUUACUGGGUUACCACUUCUGAUAGACAACUAUGUCCCACCAUUGGAAGGACUGCCCAUGUUUAUCCUGCGCUUGGCCACAGAGGUAAACUGGGAUGAAGAAAAGGAGUGUUUUGAAAGCCUGAGUAAAGAACUAUCCAUGUUCUACUCCAUCAGAAAGCAGUAUAUAAUAGAGGAAUCCAACCCAACAAACUCUCAGAAUGAAGAAUCUGAAUCUGGUUCAACAACAUGGAAAUGGACUGUGGAACAUGUGCUUUACAAAGCUUUUAGGACUCAUCUUUUGCCUCCUAAACACUUUGCAGAAGAUGGCAACAUUUUGCAGCUUGCUAACCUGCCCGACCUGUAUAAAGUUUUUGAAAGAUGUUGAGCAAGUAGUUAUUAAAGACUGUUUUUAUAGAUAGACACCAUUCAUGUUACCUUUUGUUUUACUUAGUAGAAGCUAAAGCUGGAAUCUUGAUAAAGAAAGAGGGGAUUUAGUACCCUACUAAACUGCUAACAUGUCAGUAAAUCAGCUAUUUUCCUUCUGUUGAUCAAAGUAUAAAAAAAAAUAAUUUUUGCUGUGUCUAACCCCAAUGAAAAUCCCUAAAAUAAAAUCUCCAUUUAAACUCUGAGUUUCCCUAUUAACCAAUAUGCUAACAGAAUACACUUCUGCUGAAGAAAAUAUACUGGGUUAAGUGAUUGCAGAAGAAGAUGGAGCUUAAUUUAGUUGAAAUGUGAAUGCUUUGACUUCGUUUGCCUCUGGAAAUCAAACUAGGUUACCUGCAUUCCUUUGUUUUAAGCAUGAGCGUUGUCUGACAGUACCUGCAAUAUGAGUGUACAUGCAAAGCACUUAAAAUCAUCUGUUAAUGCAGGAGUUAGUCUUGCAACAUUCCAAGGGCCUUGCAGAAAUAAGGCAAAUCCCUUCCCUUUUAAUCAAGGAGUCAGAGAAUAGAAACGGGAAUGUUCUGGCAGAUAGUAAAUAACCAUGCACACGUAAUAUUCAUUGUCUCCAAUUUAAUGAGUAGGGCUUGGGAGAUCUGCUACUUUCAAGGCUGUGUCCCAACAGGGAAAACAUUUUUCUAAGUCCAAGAGGCAUCUAGCAUCCAAACCAAAAAGGAAAGCAAGCUUCAUUUUUGCACUCUGAAGAUUUCUGUUCCAUUUGAAAGCAGCUGGUACAAGCAGAAGCAUUAAUCCUCUUGGAUUGCUGAGGUCCCAAACCCUGCCUUACACUGAGAAAUACUCAUGAAGGGCAGCACUUUGAUGAGUGCAAAAAAAAGUCCUCUCAGAUGGGCAUCUGCUGGCCUCAAGUGAAAUAUUACACAGGGGCUGUGUAACUUCAUUUAUUUCAUGGCUGCCAAGUGCAGAUGGUGAAUUUCUUACCUGUGAUGUGCCAGCUUCACAAGAGUGGGAGCUCUCAAUAGUGGAAAACCACAUAGUUCCAAAAUGCAUUUGCUUCCUUCUGCUCCCCCUCUUUGAUGACAGUCCUGGGAAUGGGAUAACUACUGGAGAAUCAUGUCUUCCUGAGCCAGCCAGCCCAGCAAAUGAAAUCUGCAGUGGGCAACUGGCUUCAGCUGGCCUUAGCCCACAUAUUACUCCUGGCAAUGAGAGGGCAUGGAAAUUGUGGAGAAUAUAGGAACUGCUAAUGGAAA